CAUGUCCUUUUUGUGACAGCUGAUUGCACGGUUUUAUGAAUGAGUUUUCAUCGAUGUUGUAAUAAAAUAAUAUUUUUCGUAUCUUUUAAAUAAUACGAUAUAUUAAAAUAUAUUAAGUGCAUUGAGAAUUUGUUUAAUCGUCUAUUAAAUAUGCAUUCAUGUCGACAGAUACUCUAUAGUUCAGCGCGGUGGAAAUGUGCUUUACCGCUUAAUAUAAAAACCACGGUUCUUUCAAAAUCAGAUCAGUUGUCACUACAAGAAUGUCGCUUUUACUCUGCACGAAAAGGUUUCUUCUCAUCUAUCAUCGAAAACAUCAAAGAGGAUAUCGCUAAGAAUAAAGAGAUGAAGGAAAACAUAAAGAAGUUUAGAGAGGAAGCACAGAAAUUAGAAAACUCUGAAGCAUUGCAGGCAGCGCGGAGAAAGUUUCAAGCAGUGGAAUCUGAAGCAUCUAAAAGCUCUGAAGUAUUCAAAGAAACAUUGGAAGGCAUUAAAGGCAAAAUGGAACAUGUCAUCGAAGAAGCCAGUAAAACAGAAAUUGCCAAGAAAGCAGGUAAAAUCUCAGAAGACAUAUCUAAAUCCGCAAAGGGUGCUGCUGAGAGUUUAGCUGAUAAAAGUCAGAAGCUGGGACAAACAUCAGCAUUCAGAACUAUAUCUCAAGCUACUCAAGUAGUGAAGAACGAAAUAUCGACGCGAGGGCUCGAGGGCCGUGUGUACACCUCACCAGUCGCGUUACGGAAACGUGUCGAGGUGGCGUCCGAUGACCGCACGUUCGCCCCCGAUACCGAGACGCUGGGCGUGGAGCUGCACAGGGACUCCAAAUUCUACCAGCAGUGGGAGGACUUCAAGAAUAACAACCAGUAUGUGAACAAGGUAUUAGAUUGGAAAAUAAAGUACGAAGAAUCGGAUAACCCAGUGGUUAAAGCUUCGAGAUUCGUUACCGAGAAGGUGGGCAAUCUAUUCGGCAACCUAUUCGAAAAGACUGAACUGUCGAAAACGUUGACGGAGAUAUGCAAGAUCGACCCCAACUUUACCGCCCAGAAGUUUUUAGAAGACUGCUCCAACGAUAUCAUACCGAAUAUCCUCGAAGCCAUGGUACGGGGCGACCUCGAGAUACUGAAGGACUGGUGUUACGAAGGUGUCUACAAUAUCCUGGCGACUCCGAUAAAACAGUGCAAGCAGUUCGGCUACCGUCUGGACUCGAAGAUCCUCGACAUAGAGCAGAUCGAACUAGUCAUGGGCAAAAUGAUGGAUCAAGGUCCAGUUUUAGUUAUAACAUUCCAGUCGCAACAAAUAAUGUGCGUGCGAGAUGCCAAGAACACCGUGAUCGAGGGUGACCCGGACAAAGUCAUGAGAGUGAAUUACGUGUGGGUACUGUGCAGGGACCCCCAGGAACUGAACCCCAAAGCCGCCUGGCGGUUACUCGAAUUGUCGGCAAACAGUGUAGAACAAUUAAUUUAGGUGUAACUGUAUGUUAAAUAUUUAUUAGUUGAAUUAAAUCGUUGAUAACUA